AUGGCCAACGGCAAUGGCGGAAGUGCGAAAUACACACUGACUGGCUUGAAAAGAUGGUCCUGUCAGGACAAUGCUCUCCCACCUAUCCCUAAUAUCAAGUCGAUUCAUAUCUACGACUUCGACAAUACUCUCUUCAUGAGUCCUCUACCGAACAAGCAGCUAUGGGAUAUAAACACAAUAGGUAAACUGAGUAGCAUGGACUAUUUUCUAGGAGGUGGUUGGUGGCACGACAGUAACAUAUUAGCCGCCACUGGCGAAGGUUUGGAAAAAGAAGAAGCCAAAGCAUGGCAAGGAUGGUGGAAUGAAGAGGUUGUAGACCUGGUCAAACUGUCGACGGAUUCGAAAGACGCCUUAACUGUGUUGCUUACCGGAAGAGCCGAGGCUCGCUUUUCCGAUCUCAUAAAGCGUAUGGCACGUAGCAAAGGCAUGAACUUCGAUAUGGUCUGCUUGAAGCCGACUGUGGGUCCGUCAAAUCAGACAUUCGGUAGUACAUUGAUGUACAAGCAAGAGCUGCUCAAAGAAAUAGUGUACACGUACAAAGAUGCAGAGGAGAUACGAAUAUAUGAGGACAGGCCGAAGCACACGAAAGCUUUCAGAGAGUUCUUCUUUACAUUUAACAAGACUCUGAUGACACCAGACACUCCGGUAAAACGUAAUACGAUCAUAGCGGAAGUCAUCCAGGUCCCCGAAAACGCUGCGAGUCUAGACCCAGUCACAGAAGUAGCGGAAAUUCAGCGAAUAAUCAACGCUCACAACGAAGAGGUCAAAGCACGCCGAGCACCACCAGGGACAACAUCUUACCAGAUCAAACGGACGACUUCCUUCACUGCCUACCUCAUAUCUCCAGAGUCUACUAAGAAACUUUUGAGUCUUGUCAAACUGCCGCCGGGCACUCCUGAGGGAGAAGUUCGCCACCUCGCAAAUAGCAUCCUUAUUACUGCGAGACCUUGCCCCAAGACUAUCAUGGAUAAAGUCGGCGGUAUCGGCAAGAAAGUCACCUGGCGAGUCACAGGCACUGCGGUUUUCGAAAACAAGUUAUGGGCUGCACGUUUGGAGCCAGUAUCUGAAUCGUCCAGGGACGUUUACACGGACAACGCCACCCCAACUGUUGUAUUGACACUCAGAAGAGGCGCCCGACCGAUGGACGCGAAUCGAAUUCAGAAUUGGCACCCAGUAUCUGAGGCUCAAUCGUUCGAGAUAGAAAGCACCGUCGGCGAAAAGGUGACGCUUCGCAUUGAAAACGAGGUCCGGGCGAGUAACGACCGAGAGAACCAAUAUGCGAACAAGCAGGCCAAGCGCAGCCACGGACGCGAAGACGACUACAUGUCUUUAAGUUCAGGCCCACCACCUCAGCAUAAGCGCCAGCCUCAACACAAUUGGCAAUGGCACGGGCCCGAUGAGAGACGUGGCGGCGGCAUCUCAGGAAACUACAGAGGUGGUAAUCAACAACGCGGUCGAGGAGACCGCCAUAGAGGACUUCAAGGAGGCCGAGGAGGCCGAGACAACCGCUCCCGCGGUGGUGGGGGUGGAGGUGGAGGAAAUCGAGGCCGUGGAAGAGGCAACGGGGGCAACACAUAUAGAAGUCUUGAUGAUGUGGAAAAUACUGGUCAGGGAGCGAAUAACUCCUAUCCCAGCUAUGAUGAUUAUUGA